UUUACAGGGUUACAUGACCUUCCAUUUUUAUUUCUAUGGCAUAAUGGUAGUCCAAUGAGACAAGAAGAAGAAGAAGAAGAGCGGUGGUGAUGGACAUCCAAGAUCCGCAAACGUUUGUCAAACCCAGCCCCAGCCCUGACCCCAAUUCGAGUUCGGCCACGAGAAUCUCGGGUCCGCCAUCAAAUGCAGCAGCGAUGUUUGGUAGCAGCGGCACCAAUAACCAAAACGACAAUGGUAGCAAUAGCAGUAGUGCAUUCAUGAGAGGAGGUGGUGCCCACCACAGGAGAGCCCACUCGGAGAUGAGCUUCCGCUUGCCUGACGACAUGUCCAUUAUGAUGAUGGAUCCCAUGAAAGCCGGAGGAGGAUCCUCCACGGCCAGCCUCGAGGAGAUGGGAUCCGAGGAUGAUCUUUUCUCCACCUACAUUGACGUCGACAAGCUCGCCUCAUCCGACGCUGCAAUUGGAAGCACCAAAUGUACGGAUCACAGUGAGGGGGAGAAGCUGACGUCAUCCUCCACCACGACGACCUCUUCGAGGACUAAACACAGGCAUAGUAAUUCGGUGGACGGUAACGUUUACGGAGAGAUAAUGGACGCCAAGAAAGCUAUGCCUCCUGAUAAGUUGGCUGAACUCUGGACCCUUGAUCCCAAGCGCGCUAAAAGAAUCCUGGCAAAUCGGCAGUCAGCUGCUCGGUCAAAAGAGAGGAAGGCCCGCUAUAUUCUAGAACUAGAGCGUAAAGUUCAGACCCUUCAAACUGAAGCAACCACUCUUUCUGCUCAGCUAACAUUAUUUCAGAGGGACACAACCGGCCUGAGUACUGAAAACACAGAGCUUAAGCUUCGAUUACAAGCAAUGGAGCAACAAGCGCAGUUGCGUGACGCCUUGAAUGAAGCUCUGAAGAAAGAAGUUGAGAGGCUCAAGAUUGUCACUGGGGAAACAAUGAGCCCCUCAGAGUCAUUUAGCUUGGGAAUGCACCACAUGCCAUACACUGCAUCAACCUUUCUACCAAUUCCACCCCAACAAGGAGCUGCUGGCCACCAGAACAUGCAAUUGCCAAUCUUCACUGGUUCUCAAUCUAGUAUGUCAACUCACCAUUUACCUCAGACGAAUCCACAUCAUCUGUCAGAUAUUAUGCAUAAUGAUUCUCUUGGACGAUUAGAAGGGCUAGACAUCAGCAGUAAAGGAUCCAAUCAUGUGAAAACUGAAGGGCCCUCAAUUUCUGCUAGUGAAAGUAGCACCACAUUUUGACACGGCCUCUGACUCUCUGACUUAUUUGAUCUCAUUGUUGUGUGAUAGGUUUGUUAAUAGACUGACAUCCACUCGUUAAGAGAGAGACUCUACAUUUGUUUCAUUAUUUAUUCUAUUUAUGUUUGUGGGAUAAAUUCUUGAUUGUUUAUUCUUAGAGUUUUCCCCUAAACAGGGAAAGACCCCCUUAGGUUUGUGUGUGUUGUUCAAGGAUUCUUUCUUCAAUGUUCAAAUUUUGUUCUAUUGGCUUGAUAGAACAUAUGGGAAUGAAAAUCUAUUCUAUUAGU